UGACCCCACGGCUCCCUCCAGUUAUCGCCCCGUCUCCCUCCUACCGUUUCUCUCCGGACUUCCUGAAAAAGUGGUUAACGCCCGCUGUCUCCACUUCUUCUCUUCCAAUUCUCUGUAUGAUCCUCUCCAACCUGGCUUCCAUCCCCUUCGCUCCAUGGAAACGGCCCUCUCUAAGGUAACCGAAGACCUUCUCGCCAAUUCUGACGGCCUGGACUCCAUCUUAAUCCUCCUCAGCCUCGCAGGAAACGUGACUAUGAAGGUUACUUGUGUUCCUUGCUGCUGCCUUCCGAAUACCGCAACUCUGCUUUUGCGCUGAGAGCCUUCAACGUGGAACUGGCCCAGGCAGGCAUUCAGUGCUCUGCAUUCAGGAAUGCGAUUACCUUACCCACUAUUUUAAUGGUUAAAGACGCCGUCUCUGAGAAGACAAUCGGCCUGAUGCGGAUGCAAUUUUGGAAGGAUGCGGUGGAAAAUAUAUAUCGUGAUAACCCGCCUCAUCAGCCAGUGGCCAUUGAACUCUGGAAGGCGGUCAAGAGGCAUAACCUGACUAAGCGGUGGCUUAUGAGAAUUAUUGAUGAAAGAGAAAAAAAUUUGGAUGAUAAAGCUUAUAGCAACAUCCACGAACUAGAAACAUAUGCUGAAAACACACAAAGCUCUCUCCUGUAUCUGAUACUGGAAAUGUUGGGCAUAAAGGACCUUCAUGCUGAUCAUGCCGCCAGUCAUAUUGGAAAAGCACAAGGCAUUGUCACCUGUUUGAGGGCAACUCCGUAUCACGGGAGCAGACGGAAGGUGUUUCUUCCCGUGGAUAUUUGUAUGCUGCAUGGUGUUUCACAAGAGGAUUUUCUAAGAAAGAAUCGAGAGAAAAAUGUGAGAGAUGUGAUUUAUGACAUUGCCAGCCAAGCACAUAUUCACCUAGAGCAUGCCAGAUCCUUCCAUAAAAAUGUCCCCGUAAAGACGUUUCCUGCUUUUCUCCAGACGGUUGUGUUAGAAGAUUUUUUAAAGAAAAUUCAAAAAGUAGAUUUUGAUGUUUUCCACCCAAGCUUACAACAGAAGAACACGUUACUGCCUUUGCUUUUGUAUAUUCGGUCCUGGAAAAAAACAUAUUAAAACCAUCUUAAAACAAC